UUGGGUCGGAUUGUGACAUUCCCAAUAUGGCUCAUCUACACCGCCUUCCAGAGGCUUUUUGGGAAUCCCUGUCCUGCGAUUACUCUGAAGGAUCCUGACGUAAAGUAUGCAUUGAGGCUUGUUGAUAAGGAGGAAGUUAGUCAUGACACCAGAAGAUUUCGCUUUGCUCUCCCUUCCAUGGAUCAUGUUCUGGGUCUCCCUAUAGGACAGCAUAUCUACCUGUCGGCACGGGUCGAUGGAGCUCUGGUUGUUCGGCCUUACACUCCGGUUUCCAGUGACGAUGACAAGGGCUUCGUGGACCUUGUUGUUAAGAUCUACUUCAGAGGAGUCCACCCGAAGUUCCCCGACGGGGGGAAGAUGUCUCAGUACAUAGACAGCCUGAAAAUAGGGGAUACUAUUGACUUCAGAGGACCAAGUGGCUUACUUGUCUACAAAGGAAAAGGCAAGUUUGCUAUUCGCCCUGAAAAGAAAGCUGAACCAGUUAUUAAGCAAGUGAAAUACGUGGGGAUGAUUGCAGGUGGGACCGGGAUAACCCCUAUGCUGCAGAUCAUUCAGGCAAUCAUAAAAGACAAAGACGACCCUACCGUUUGUCAGCUGCUCUUUGCUAAUCAGACCGAGAAGGAUAUCCUGUUACGUUCCAAGCUAGAGGAGAUCCAGGUCCAGAAUCCCAGUCGCUUCAAGUGUUGGUACACGCUGGACAGAGCGCCUGAAAGUUGGGAUUACAGCCAAGGA